UUCACUACGUCCUACCCGUAUCCAUGUUUUAAUCUAGUCGUGCAUGUUAAUUAGAGACUUAAACUCUGCUAAGUCAUUGGUUUUCAUGGCUGAUUCAGGCAACCUGUUCUAUUCUAUUGGCUAAUGGUACUAAGGAAGAAGUUAAGUUCAGUGUUCCCAUAUAUCUUCUCGAGAUCUUUGAGCCUGUUUCUAACCGUGUUUGCAUCUACCCGGCCAAAGCUUUCUUGCAUGUUAAUUAACAAUUAAGUUAUUAAAUACAACACCUAGAGAGGACAGAACCAUUCUAAGUAUGUAGACCUACUAAUGGUUCCCGAUUCGUUACACCAAUGUAUGCAUAACUAAUUAAAUUGAUAACAUAUCUCUGACAAUGACAUUGUUUGUCUAACUACUCGAUCUUCAUUUGAGAUAGAAAGAUUGAUGACAGAAAGAAAAAUUUGGAAAGGGUAAAAUGUUUUAGAAGAUAAAUGUAAUGAAAUAAAGAUAUUGACAAUGGAUAACAAUCAGGAAACAGCUGCCGUGGAAAUAGAAUUUGUGUCUUUUUCUAAUAAAGCAGGUGCGGAGGAAAGAGAGCACACCGAUGUAAACACCAGUGACGAGUGUUUUGAAGAAGAUGAGGAGAAUGAUCACAGAUGUAUUACAAAAUUGUAUCUGCUCAGGACUAAAGUUAUCGCCUCUUGUGGGAAGUGUAGCCGUGUGUUGAAAAACGCUUUUUAUUUCAUAGUUCUCUGUCUUUAUUUGAGUUAUUUCACGUAUGCUCUGUAUCUUCAUCACGGGGAGAAUAGAGUUACCGGACUUAUUGUUAUUACCAGCAUACUUUUUCUGGUUUUAUUGAUGAAGGGACUUUCCAGGUUUGACCCAAUAGACAGAUUCAGUUUGUUUCUAGGCAGACACCCUGCGCUUGUUAGGCAUUCUCGAGUUUUUAUAUAUCUGGCUUGUGUGAUCAUCACAUGUGUUACUUUAGUAACCGAAGUAGUUCUUGUGCAACCAAAGAGUUUAAUCUCUGUCACAGGAAUUGUUGCCAUUUUGACUAUUUUCUUCCUAACAUCAACACAUCCACAUAAGAUAUCGUGGCAGCCUGUUCUCUUGGGUCUAUUUCUACAGUAUGUCUUUGCACUUGCAAUACUGCGACUUCAGGGCAUUAGAGAAAUGUUCGUCUGGUGUGGAGAUGUGGUCAAAUUGAUGGUCCAGUUUUCCAAAGCAGGAGGAAAGUUUUUAUUUGGCUCUCUAUAUACAAAUGAAGGUUUUGUGUUCCAUUUGAUUCCACUUAUUGCUUUUGUUAUUGCAAUAUUGUCAAUAUUGGAACACUUGGGAGUUCUCCAUUCUUUGCUAAGAAUUCUGGGAAGGUUUCUAGCAUUUUGUACUGGAGCAUCACCUGCUGAAUCUUUGAAUGCUUCUGCAAAUAUCUUCAUGGGGCCUAUAGACUCUCUGAUGGUCAUACGUCCUUAUCUAAAACAUGUCACAGAAUCAGAACUCCACUGUCUAAUGGCUAAUGCAAUGUCUACCGUGACUGGAAGUAUCAUUGGACUUUAUAUUUCCUUUGGGAUUUCAGCAGACCAUCUACUGGCAGCAUCUGUCAUGUCAGCUCCUGCUGCACUUGCUGUUGCUAAGUUAGCUGUUCCAGAAAGAUCCAACAAGACAGAUGUUAUUAAAAGGACUGAAGCAAUGAUUCCUGUUAAAAGGUAUCGCAGUGUGAUGGAUGCUUUUUCUAGUGGUGCUGUUUCAUCAUUUACACUUGCUGGCUCCAUACUGGCCAAUGUUACUGCUGUAGUCAGCUUCAUGGACAUGAUCAAUGCAACAUUGAGAUGGCUUGGAGAAUUGGUGAACAUUCAGAAUUUUACUUUACAGUGGAUAUGCUCCUAUCUCUUUUAUCCACUGGCAUUAUCCUUAGGCGUGGAUCCAAGUGAUGGUCACAGAGUUGCAGAACUGCUAGGCAUUAAAGUUUUUAUCAAUGAACUAGUCGCCUAUGCUAAGCUUGGGGAUUUUAGAAAGAAUCGUUUGAAGUUUGAGGACUACAUCAAUCACAACUACACAGACUGGUAUUGGAGUGACACAUUUGAGAACGUUCAUCUACCUACCUGGAAUAUUACACUUACAGAAGGCUUUUUGUCAGCACGUUCUGAAGUAAUCACCACAUAUGCUCUGUGUGGCUUUGCUAAUUUCAUUAGUGUAGGGGUCAUCAUGGGAUGCUACCUAGUUCUAGUUCCACAUAGAAAAACUGUUGUCUUCAAAUAUGUGUUUCGCUCCAUGGUAGUAGGCCACUGUGCUAGUUUCUUAACAGCAUGUAUUGCAGGCUUGUUUCUAUAGUCAAGCUAAACCAGUAAUUUUUUUUACAAGACAACUAUUUUAAAGUUUGUAAAAAUGAAUACAUCUACUUCAUAAGUAAUAAAAAUAACAGACAUUUGAUAUUGUUCAUGGUAUUUAUUCUGCAUUAUUCACAUGAGAAUACACACAAGUAGACACCCUUACAAUGGGUGAACAAUUGCCAAUCUUAAAAAAACAAAAAAACAGAAGAGAAAGAAAAUAAAUAAAAGCGCUGAUGAUUUUUUCUACUUGAAUUAGAAAUGUAAAAUGGAUGAAUUUUGCAUCAUUUGAUUAUUAUCUUCCAAACUGCAAACAGUCACAGGGGAGACUUUAGAGUUAAUGAAACAGCCUUUUUAGAAGUAACAAAAACUUUGGAUCCUAUUGCUGUGUAACAAGGAAAUGGUCUACAAGUUACAAAAUAUUUUGCUGUAAAUAUGUCAACGAUGCCAAAAUUGAGGUAGAAUCUGAACAUAACAAAAAUUUGUUUUUAAAAAAAUUUCCUGACAAGAGUUUGAGUGCAAUGACCAUGCUCAUUUGCUUUUAAAAAAAAAAUAGCUGAAUAAAAAAAUAGUUCACAUGUAACAGUAAAAAGGCAAAUUAACUACAUGUGAGAUCAUUGAUAAUAUGUCCACAGAAUUCCUAGAAUUAUCCAUUCCUCAUGGUCUAGAGUAAACAUGUCACUUCCUCGCCAAGUAUUACAUCAAUCAACAAAGUUAAACCCAUAUAAUGGCAAAUAGAAACUUCACAAGCCCCCAACUCCUGAUGAAAGCUAUUAUAUUAUAAUUGAUUUUCAUUAAUCUUCAAAACUAUAAGCAGUUACAUAACAAUACUGUAAUUUUAAGGUAAUGUCUCAGAAAUGCUUUUUUCGAUAAAUUAAAUUUCAACUUUGACUUGCAAUACUUUAUUGAGAGAGAGAGAGUUAACUACACACAAACAAGCAUCGAUCACACUUCAUUCCUGAACAAUUCUUAAUUUUAGUUGAAAGUAAAAGGUUUUUUAUCAUGCAUGAGCCUGUCAUUUGAAAUUAUACAUUACAUAGAAGUUUUUUUUUUUGUUAAUGUUCUUCAAGGUAAACAAGAAAGGAAACCUGUUGCAUUAUUAUGCUCUGAGAAGAUUUCUCUCAUUUGAGACUGAUGCUGCACACUGAAGAGUUAAAGAACAAACACACACAGCAUUCUAGCUGUGAACAUUUGAAUAUACACACACAUUAUUUACAACAGAUAUAACAAAAAAAAACAUAGAAUUAAAACUGAAAAUGUUUUCAUUUUACUCAGUCUUAAGAGUAUUUACAUCUUUUUCAAAGAGAAAUUCAAAACAUUGACUGAUUUAUAUUUCUGGCAAUUCAACAAGAUGAAGAGACAAAAGUUACAUCAUAAUAAAAUAAAAUUCCAUGUUGAAUGGAAACUUUAUU